ACCGGCUCAAGUUGGCACUAACAUUCUCAAACCAGGAGGCUACUCUGCUGUUGCCCUCUCCCCAAAAUGAUUAAAGUCCUGUUUGUUACUAUCUGCUUGCUUCUAUUUCAGCAUCAAGGGAACUCGAUGAAGAAACUACCUGGGGUAAAGCACUAUGAAGUAGUAUAUCCGCAAAAAAUUCAUUCUAUGCAGAAGAGAAAUGUAGAAGGAAGUCAGAAUUCUCACCAAAAGGCCAACUAUGAAGAUGAUGUACAGUAUGAGAUUAAACUGAAUGGAAUAAAAGCAGUCCUUCACCUGGAAAAAAACAAGGAUCUUUUCCCCGAAGACUACACUGAGACUCAUUACUCCAGUGAUGGCAGACAAAUUACAACUAUCCCAAAAAUCAAGGACCACUGCUAUUAUGGAGGUCACAUCUUAAAUGAUUAUGGCUCUACUGCAAGCAUCAGUACGUGCGAUGGGCUGAGGGGAUAUUUAAAGUUCCGUGGCAAGAGGUAUCUAAUUGAACCCUUGAAGGUCUCAGACAGUGAAGCCCAUGCAGUCUACAAAUAUGAGAGUAUUGAAAACACUGAGAGUCCUAAAGUCUGUGGGGUUACGAACACUACAUGGGAAUCAGAAGAUCCCCUCAAGAAGACUGCCAGGAUCAGCACCAGUAUGGAAAAGGAAGCAUACCUGAAGGCUAAAAAAUAUGUUGAACUUUACAUAGCUGUGGACCACAGAGUGUUUAGGCACUUCAGUCGCAAUCUGAUUACUAUAAAGACAAGAGUAUUUGAAAUAGUCAAUUAUAUUAACACGGUUUACAAACCCUUAAAAGUUCAUGUAGCUUUGAUUGGCUUAGAAAUUUGGUCUGACGGGGACAAGAUUGUUGUGGACGCUUCCUCCGGCAUCACUUUAGACAGAUUUGCAGAUUGGAGGCGAUCCGUUCUGCUGAAGCAGAAGAGGAAUGACAACGCCCAGUUACUCACGGGAAUUGACUUAGAAGGACCAACAGUAGGGUUGGCAUUUGUGGGAACCAUGUGCAGCGAUGUUCACUCCGCAGGGAUUGUUCAGGAUCACAACACAAACCCAAUUCCUAUUGGUGCCACCAUGGCCCAUGAAAUGGGUCAUAACUUUGGCAUGAAUCACGACACCACUUUCUGUACAUGCAAUUCAGGCUCUUGUAUCAUGGAGGCACAGCUCAGCAGCCAUCAAACUCCCUGGGAAUUCAGCUCCUGCAGUCUCAAUGAUUUUCAGAAUUACAUUAUGGACCAGAUGCCAGAAUGUAUAACCAAUAUGCCAUCAACAACAGAUAUUAUUGCAACACCAGUUUGUGGAAACGACUUUGUGGAAGAAGGAGAAGAAUGUGACUGUGGCACCCCUGAGGAAUGUUCAAAUAGUUGCUGCGAUGCUACGACUUGUAAACUGCAGCCAGAUGCUGAAUGUGGAUUUGGGGAGUGUUGUCAAAACUGCAAGAUCAGAAGAGCGGGAGCAGUAUGCCGGGCAGCGAAGCAUGACUGUGAUCUGCCAGAACUGUGCUCAGGUGUCUCUUAUCAGUGUCCAGAAGAUCGCUUCCGUGUGAAUGGAUUCCCGUGCAAAAACAAAAAGGGAUACUGUUACAUGGGGAAAUGUCCUAUCUUGCAGGACCAGUGCAUUUCUCUUUGGGGAGCAGGGGCCACAGUUGCUGCAGAUUCUUGUUUCAAUAUAAAUCAGAAUGGGGUGUAUUAUGGACACUGCAGGAAAGCAAAUGGCACAUUUAUACCAUGUGGAAGAACAGAUUUAAAGUGUGGAAAGCUGUUCUGCACAGGUGGUUCCAGAAUGCCUACGUCUGGAAGCCUAGUUGCAUUUGAUCAAUGUAAAGGCAGUUUCCCAAGCAGAGCUGGAGAAGAUCAUGGAAUGGUUGCUUCUGGGACAAAAUGUGGAGAAGACAUGGUCUGCAGCAUGGGACAAUGUGUUGACCUUGAGAGAGCCUACAGAUCCACCAACUGUUCUGCUCAUUGCCAAAACCAUGCGGUCUGUGAUCAUGAAUUGCAAUGCCAAUGUGAAGUAGGAUGGGCACCACCAAAGUGUGACAACCCCACAGGGAACAGACAUAUCAUCAUCACCACUGUUGCUGUGUUGGCAACCCUUGCUGUCCUAGCAAUCAUCGGUGCUUUGUUGUGGCGUUACCUGUUUAUGAUGAAGAUACGAAACAAAAGCGUUCACAAGAACAUGAAUGGAUCUGCAAACCCUGGUUUCUCGAGACCAGAACAGAAGAGAAGACAGCAUAUGAACCCUGUACAUGUUCCCCAAGAGGUCAACCCCACAAGUUUACGCAUUCCACCACCUCCUCCACCACAAACAAGCAAACCACCAGUUUGCGCUACAAUUCCUGACGAGGAAUCGCAGCGGAAGUUGGUCAGCUACCAGAAUGCCAAGACGCCCAUCGUAAAACCAAAUAUCCCACCUCCUCCAGUUCCAAGUGCUAAGCCAGCUUUAUCUUCUUUUACCGGCAGUUCAGAGUCAGAAAUAAAACCAGUUCCUUCUCCUGCCUUCAAAUGUAAAGCAGCUCCUCCACCUCCACCUCAGGCUUUGAAACCCCCAAGUAAUCCCAAAGUAUGAAGGCUUGGACCAAAUGCUGUUCUGGGAUUUUGAGGAGGCUUUUCCUUUUCGUUGGUUUGUCCAUCUGCAAAGGAAACAGAAUGGCUGAUAUCUUUGGAUGGUUCUAAUGGGUUGUUUUCCCACAAAAGACAUGGCAGCAUUUGUGCCAUCUGGAAUCCUGACUCUCAAGGGGGAAAAAUGGGAGCUUCUUCAGCCUGCCUCUGUUGUAUCCAUAGUGAUAAAAUCAUGAUCUGGGACAUCCUUGUUCACUGGGAGCACUUCGUGAAUGGUGGAACUGAGCCAAAUAAUGUUAAGGUGUGAAGGCGCUGGUGGUCCUUUAAUAUGCUUCAUGCCCAGUCCAUAUCCCAUCACUGCCACCCCUACAUCACACCAGAGGUUUUCCAUAGAUGUACGCAAGCUGAACGCUGCUGAAAACAGAUUCCUCCCGACUACUGGACUUACCAUCACAUUGCCAAGGAAUAAGCGUGUGACCUAGCCCUUCAACCUGACUUUAGGAGUACAGGUUGCUUUACUGAGUGGUGGGAAAAUCUUUCUAUUUCUUGAGCCUGCUGCUCGCAUUCAGCCUUCUCGAAGACAUCUCUCUCUCAGGAAGAGCAGAAGCAAAGCUCCUGUUCUGAACCUCCUGUGCCUUGAUCCUUGUGGAGGAACUGCCACAGUGUGCCAUCCUUCUACCCAUCCCUGUGCCUGUGUGUUUUACAUGGUUCAACCUCCAGCUACAUUGUAAAAAAGAGUUGCUUUCAGAUGUCUGCAGCUGCUGCUGCUGGCUGGGGAGCAGGCCCAUCAUUUGUAAACUGGCAACCUUUAACUGGUAGAGGGCAUAAUUGUUAGCACUUGAACAGCCUGGGAUUUCUUUGAGGCUCAUUGUUAGGGGCAUUAUAUAUUUAAAGUGUGUACUACUCACAAAAGGGCUGAUAUCUGUGACUUGCACUCACGAGCAACCGAGGGACUACAUUUUCUGCUGCUGCUUGUGCGCAGCACCUCCACUUCAUUUCACUGGGACCUGCGUAGGGCAGCCUGCUGCUGAGUCGUGCCCUUUAACGGCCCAAUAAUCUUCCAAUUGAUUGUUUCUUCUUGGCUCUGUUGUUUUUCUUUGGACAUGUUGUUUUUAAUAUACGUGAGUGUGCAUUUGGUGAAUGGAGAUUUUAAAAUAUUAUUUUUGUUAUCUAUGGAAAGUAUGCAUUUGCAAAAAAUAUUUAAAGCGUUCUUAUAAAAUGUCCAGACAUUUCCUGAA